CAUGGCAUUUAAUUUGUUCCACCAUCUUUGCAACGAUUUGUGUGCUUUAGUUUCUUUACAAUAACAUGGCUUCGAAAACUAGAGCCUCAUUAGUUACCCUUUUCCUCUCCUUCAAUCUCCUUUUCUUUGCCAUAGUCACUGCAACUAAUACUGAUUGUGGCUCCUGUCCUCAUCCUCCUACAAAAGGGGGCGGCUCUGGUAACGGUGGUGGCUCGGGUAAUGGUGGUGGCUCUGGCAAUGGAGGUGGCUCGGGUAACGGUGGCGGCUCAGGCAACGGAGGUGGAGGUGGAAAUGGAGGUGGCUCGGGCAAUGGAGGCGGAGGUGGAAAUGGAGGUGGAGGUGGAAAUGGAGGUGGUUCGGGCAAUGGUGGUGGUUCUGGAAACGGAGGUGGAGGUGGAGGUGGAAAUGGAGGCGGUUCAGGCAAUGGACAAGGAAGGUGUCCAAGAGAUGCUUUGAAACUUGGUGUGUGUGCUAGGUUACUUAAUUUGGUGAAUAUAGUAGUGGGGUCUCCACCAACUUUGCCAUGCUGCAGUUUGAUCCAGGGACUGGCGGAUUUAGAGGUGGCGGCUUGUUUGUGCACAGCCAUAAGGGCAAACAUACUGGGAAUAAAUCUGAAUGUGCCACUCACUCUUAGCCUCAUUCUCAACAACUGUGGAAGGAAUAAUAAUGGCUUCACUUGCUAAGCCGAUACACUCCUCUUACUAAUUAUAUGUCUCUUAUCAUUUUGUGUUAGCGUGAAUUUCCUUGUUUCUUGUCUUGUGGUAAUUAUAUUGUUGAAAAUAAGCGAACUUGCUUACAUGAAAUUAAGCAGAUUCGUGAACCAGUUGAUUUUAUAUUUGUACUCAAACGGUUUUCUAUUAUUAUAUAUGGACCGUCUUUAAUUUCUA